AUGGGAAACAUCAACAAGGCUUCCAAAAAGAACAGUAAAAGGAAGAAGGGGGUGUCACCCGUAGAACAAAGCAGCGCCCCGUUAGCUGCCGCCAUGCUGGGGGGGCUGGGUGGUGCAGGUGAGGUGAACACAGAGGACGAGGACGAAGGAGGGAGCGAGCGGGAAUUCGAUGAGCCCCUGUGCGCUCUGGUUAAGAACUGCAACAUGCUGCACAACAUAGUGGGGCCAGCUUGUAUCUUCCUCAGACGGGGCUUCGCACAGAGCCAGCUUGACAGAAAUCUACGACCGGAGGAAAUGGAAGAGCUGCGUGAGGCCUUCAGGGAGUUUGACAAAGACAAGGACGGCUUCAUCAGCUGCAAGGACCUCGGGGAGUGCAUGAGGACCAUGGGAUACAUGCCGACAGAGAUGGAGCUGAUCGAACUCAGCCAGCAGAUCUGUGGUGGCAGAGUGGACUUUGAGGACUUUGUGGAACUGAUGGGUCCAAAGAUGCUUGCUGAGACUGCAGACAUGAUUGGAGUCAAGGAGCUGAGGGACGCCUUCAAAGAGUUUGACUCCGAUGGCGAUGGACAGAUCAGCCUCGGGGAACUGAGAGAAGCCAUGAAGAAGCUGAUGGGGGAGCAGCUCAACCACAGAGAGAUCGACGAGAUCCUGCGAGAUGUAGACCUCAAUGGAGACGGACAGGUGGACUUUGAAGAGUUUGUGCGAAUGAUGUCGCGCUGA